AUGGCAACUGUCCAGGCAGUGUUAGGGAAUUUGACGGCCAGCGAUCGGCGGAUUCUGACGGCGGUCAACACCGGAGCCGCCAGUUUAUCUCUGAUAGGUUCAGGGUUCAUAGUCCUCUGCUAUUUACUCUUCAAGGAACUCCGGAAGUUCUCCUUCAAACUCGUCUUCUUCCUUGCUCUCUCUGACAUGUUGUGUAGUUUCUUCAGCAUAAUAGGGGAUCCGUCGAAAGGAUUUUUCUGUUAUGCUCAGGGAUACACAACUCAUUUCUUUUGCGUGGCUUCUUUUUUGUGGACUACAACAAUUGCUUUUACGCUUCACCGAACAGUUGUUAGACAUAAAACAGAUGUGGAGGACUUGGAGCCCAUGUUUCAUUUGUACGUUUGGGGAACAUCAGGAGUUGUGACUGUAUUACGGUCUAUUAGCAAUGACCACGGGCAUAUAAGCCGUUUAGGUGCUUGGUGCUGGUCUCAAACAGGACGUACUGGGAAGGCAGUUCACUUUAUAACGUUUUAUGCGCCUCUUUGGGGUGCUAUUCUCUUCAACGGGAUCACUUAUUUCCAGGUCAUACGUAUGUUGAACAAUGCAACACGUAUGGCAGCUGGCAUGUCUGAAAGAUCUUUCCAGUUUGAUUCUCGACCAGACAUUAAGGUACUUAACCGGUGGGGCUACUAUCCUCUCAUUCUUAUAGGAUCUUGGUUUUUCGGCACAAUCAACCGUAUCCAUGAUCUAAUUGAACCUCGGCACACAAUUUUUUGGCUUUCUGUUCUUGACGUGGGAACGGCUGCCCUCAUGGGCCUAUUCAAUUCAAUUGCCUACGGCCUGAACUCUUCAGUACGACGGGCCAUCUAUGAAAGAUUGGAUCUGUUGCCAGAAAGGUUUCGAAGAUGGUUCCCAAAGAGUUUGAGGUCCAGAGGCCAACAGCAGGAUAGUGAGCUUGUCUCACUAAAAAUCCAAGACGGGGAACAACAUUGA